AUGUCGAACGUAAGACUUUACGCGGUGACUUUCGUGGUGAGCCUGGUCCAGGUGGCCACGGGGAUGCUACUGGGAUGGCCGUCGCCGAUGAUACCGAAAUUGAUGGCCGAGGAUUCGACUUUGAGGAUCAGCCGAAACGAGGCGUCUUGGACGGUGUCGUUGCUGAAGCUUGGAAUGGCAUUCGGGUGUCUGCUCUCGACGUUUAUUGUCGAUCACCUCGGCCGAAAAAUCACGAUACUGAUCGCCAUUGUGCCUGCCAUUUCGAGCUGGUCGCUGAUUGCCUGGGGCUCGUCGAUUACGACUCUGUACGCGGCUCGCAUUAUAGGCGGCAUAGGCAGUGGCAUGGUCUUCACAGCUGGCUCUAUAUACGUGACAGAGAUCGCUCCGCCCCACAUACGCGGGGCUCUCGGAAGCUUUUUCGUGAUGAUGGAUUAUUGCGGUAGUCUUCUUGGCUACGUAAUCGGCUCGUUCACCACUAUGGCGGAGUACGCUUACGCGGGGAUGUCGUUAACGACGCUACAGUUCCUGAUAUUCGUCUGGUUUCCCGAAACCCCGUACUACCUUCUACGACGGAAACGUUACGCACCUGCCAUGGACUCACUCAUGUUCUUACGCGGCACUGGGGGGGUCUCGGAGGAAAUGGACUCGAUAAUGAGAUCAGUGGAGUGCGAGCCCCGGAAUACUGGAGUGGUGUCGGCCAUCUUGGAUCUGAUGUCCAAAGCAGGUGGAAGAAGAGCGAUUCUAAUAGGCGUCUGUGUCAUGACGCUGCAAGCAUUCUCCGGCUCCAUAAUUCUGAUCGCCUACACUCAGCCGAUCUUCAAGAAGAUCCACAACGUUGACUCGCAAGAGACCUACAUGAGCAUCGUCCUGGCGGUCAUGCAACUGAUCACUUAUUGCUUGUGCAUCGGCCACGUGGAUCGUAUGGGACGCAAGCCAUUGAUGAUCAUUUCCGUCGUGGGCGUCGUUAUAUCCAGUUUUCUGUUAGGAGUUUAUUUCUGCAUGCUGGAGAACAACAUCGACGUCGAUAGCUUGAAUUGGCUAGCCUUCACGGCGAUUCUAGUCUACGCAGUUAGCGUGUCGUUGGGUUUAACCAGCGUACCAUUCGUGAUCAUGAACGAAGUAUUCCCGAUGUACGCGAAGGCGACGUGCAUCGGUCUUUGCUUCUGCUUGAACUUGUUGUGGUCGUUCGUUCUGGUCUGGAUUUGCAGCGUCGUCGCGUUCGAGCACAGUAUGUACGUUGCUUUCUGGAUCAUUUCCGCGUUGAACGCUCUUGGGAUCAUCUUUCUAACGAUUUACCUGCCGGAGACAAAGCGCAUGUCACUUUCGAGGAUAGAGGAGAGGAUCGUUAGGAAGAAAAUGUGA